AUGGCAUUGCCCGAAGAAAAAAUCAAGCAGACUGAGCGGAGAAUAAUGACAAUGAUAGAAGAAUCAAUAAAGGCAGCCUGUGACAAAAAUAUGAAAGUUGCCCUAGAAAGAGCGAGAGAUGCCUCGUCGAGGGAACGAGCUUUAAUUAGGAUACAAGAACAAGCCAGCCUUAGUGAUAGCCAUAAUAUUGACCUCACCUUCGCUGUUAUUUUUAAUCUAGCCAGCCAGUAUUUGAAUAGCGAACUCUACACGGAGGCAAUAGCAACGUAUUUGGCCAUCAUAAAAAACCGAAAUUUCAGCAACAGAAAUUUCAGUAACACCAGACUUAAGGUCAAUAUAGGAAAUAUUUAUACGAAAAUUGGCCAGUUAUCUCAGGCCAUAAAAAUGUACAGAAUGGCUCUUGAUCAAACGACUGUAGCUCAAAAGUAUCUAAGGAUAAAGAUUAUGCACAACAUUGGCAUCGUAUUCGUGCAAAUGGGAAGGCUCGAAGAGGCAGCCAACAGCUUUGAAUGGGUGAUGAGGGAAAAGCCGGAUCUGAAGGCUGGCAUGCACGCGAUCCUCUGCAACUUUGCCCUAUCUCGUCAAGAUAAAAUGAAGAAGUGCUUUCUUGAGUUGCUCGAUGUUCCCCUCCCCAUUGAUCACGAUGAAAAAUAUAGUAUUAACACGGAUGAUAUAACAGCUAACAUACUUAACGAGACAGUUAAAAACGACAACCUCUCGAGAUUAGAGCGUGAGCUGAAAAGUUACGCCGAGAAAAAGAUCCUGAACGCGGCAAAUCUGAUAGCUCCCGUCAUUGAAGAGACGCUCGCUGCGGGGUUUGCAUGGUGUAUUGACGCCAUCAAGUUGUCGACAUACAAUCAGCUAGCAACCAAUCUAGAGAUUGACAAGGCGAUGGUCUUCUUACACAAUCGCGAGGUGGGAAUGGCUAUCAAUUCCUUAAACGUCUUCGAGAACCAAGAUACAAAAAUUAAUAGCUCUGCAUUAACUGUACUAUCUUUCAUUUAUUUUCUUCAGGGUGAGCUAAAGCUGGCAGAAAGGUACGCCGAGUUGGCAAAGAGCAGGGACAAUUAUAGUGCUGCUGCCUACGUCAAUUUGUCAGCCUGCUCCAUUGCAAGGAACGAGCUGGAAAGUGCCAAGGAGUAUUUGCUAAGUGCCCUGGAGAAUGAUCCAAACCACGUUCAGGCACUAUACAAUCUUGGUUUGGUCUAUCAAAAGAAGAAUAUGCUGAAAAAAGCCAUGAAGUGUUUUUGGAAACUCAAGGAUAUUGUCAAAUACGAUCCGUUGACUAUCUAUCAAAUUGGCCAUCUGUACCAAUUGAGUGAUGAUAUCGAACACGCAUCGGAAUGGUUCAAUCAGCUGCUUAGUAUAACACCAUCAGAUCCAGGAAUACUCCGGAAACUGGGAGAACUGUUUGACAGCGUGGGAGAUAAGCAGCAAGCAUACCAGUAUUAUAACGAAGUUUGUAUAUCACCUUUUCUGCUCAUAGACAUUGAUAAAAAAUGA